UCGCCGCACCGCUUAUAUCCAAUUUCUACACGAUCAGAACCAGCCCAAAUUCGAGCAGGUACCUCUCUCUCUCUCUCUCUCUCUCGCGUCGUCGUCGUAGUCGUCCUUGAAAGAGUAUUGGGAUGUACGAUCCACACACCAGUAGAGACAAGUGGGUGGAAUAGCAGAACAGUUGCGAAAAACAGAUCUGAUGUGCUGGAACUAAUCAAAGAAGGUCAAGAAAACACUGGACGGUUGUGAAAGGUUUCCAAUCGUCCGCUCCUGAAAUUUCUGAACGAUCAUCAAGAGCUUUGCAGGGAGUAUCUGGUCUUGCAAGAUAUGGAUCCUGGUCGUUAUGGUCUUCAGCAAGGAUGGGAAAAUAACAGCGCUUUGGAGGGGUAUGGUGCAGUCCAUGAGCCAAACUUCCGGGCUGGUGGUUCCUAUGAUGAUAGGAGGUUUAUUGAAGAAAGACUACCAAGGGAUAACCUCUACCCCAGGAAUGCCUUCCACCGGGAUACAUUGGAGAGGGAGAACUAUCCACCUCCACCUCCUGCUGUUGGUCCAUGGCCUCGAUCAAGAAGGAGAAGUUAUGAAGAAGAAUAUCCACUUGAGAGGGACUCUAGACGACAUGAGAAGCCAUAUGCUGAUUCAUAUAAUGAUUUGGAUUCUUUUCACAAAGCUGACAAGUAUCACGAGAUUGAUACAUUUCAGGAGAUUGAUACAUUUCAGGAAUAUGACAAGUCUCGGGAUGGUUAUCGCAGGAUUGACAACUACUCUGAUCACGUCUAUGACAGGCCUUCUAGAUAUGGGGGACGUGGGCGUGAUGAUCCGGCAUAUGAGGAUUAUGCAUAUAGAUCUCGUGUUUCCCAUCAAAACCGGGAAGAUAGCCACGAGAGGGAUUAUGAUUAUGGAAGGCAUAGUUAUGAUUCAGAUUACGAUAGAGGUAGUAGGAGAGAUAGUAGUUGGAGUCGUCGUGAAUCUCGUGAUCGUGACAAGAUAAGCCGUGAAAGAGAUAGGAGUCCACAUAGAAGACAUGACCGUUCUAGGUCUAGGGGACAUGACGAUCACCCAAGGUCGAGGUCGAGAUCAAGGUCUCCUCGGAGUCGAAGUCGCGGUCGGAGUUAUCGAGAGGACAGCUACGACGAUGGUCGAUAUGAGAGAAGUGAGAAGCGAAGAGAUCGUGACCGUACGCAUGAGCAUUACUCUGUGUCUCCAUCUGCCACUGUAGUUGUUAAGGGUCUCUCCCAAAAGACAACAGAGGAAGAUUUGUACCAAAUCCUUGCUGAAUGGGGACCCCUUCGUCAUGUCCGUGUGAUCAAAGAACGCAAUUCGGGCAUCUCUCGUGGAUUUGCUUUUAUUGAUUUUCCUUCAGUGGGAGCUGCGCGUGCGAUGAUGGAUAAAAUUGGAGACGACGGUCUUGUCGUUGAUGGUAGGAAGCUUUUCUUUGAGUACAGCAAGCCAACUGGAGGGGCAGGUGGACCGUCAUUUGGGCCGGACAAUGCAUUUAAAUCAGGUCAUGCUAACCACAGAAGUGUCACAGUACCAUCUGAUUGGAUGUGCACAAUCUGUGGCUGCAUCAAUUUUGCAAGGCGAACAUCCUGCUUUCAGUGUAACGAGCCACGAACAGAUGAUGCUCCACCAGCAGAUAUGGCAUCAUCAAAUCCCACGCCAAUGGGGAAGAAAGGGGAGGCAGGUCCUACCCAUGUUUUGGUUGUCCGUGGAUUGGAUGAAAAUGCUGAUGAAGAAAUGCUUCGUUAUGAAUUUUCUAAACAUGCUCCAAUUAAGGAUCUUCGUCUGGUCAGAGACAAGUUCACUCAUGUUUCAAGGGGAUUUGCUUUUGUCCAUUUUCAUACGGUUGAGGACGCAACUAAAGCUCUUGAAGCAACAAAUGGGACAACUCUGGAGAAGAAUGGGCAGAUUUUGCGAGUAGCAUAUGCAAAAAGCAUUCUUGGACCAGCAUCAGGGCCAUCAGGAUCAUCUCAGUCGAGCAGUCUUGCUGCAGCUGCAAUUGAGGCUGCAGCAUUUUCUCAACAGUAUGAUGCAGUUGGAUGGGCACCAAAAGAAUAUAAUGCAGAUGAUACGCAGUCCACUGGUGGGCAGGAGCAGGGUAGUGGAGUGGUUGCAGGCCCAAAGGAUGCUUCUGCUCCACAAUCUGGCUUUGUGUGGGAUGAAGCAUCUGGCUACUAUUAUGAUGCUACUUCUGGGUUCUACUAUGAUGGAAAUACAGGUUUGUAUUAUGACGGUAACAACGGAAUUUGGUAUUCUUUCGAUCAGCAAACUCAGCAGUAUGUCCCUUGCUCUGACCAGAGCGACAACAAAACAUCUGGAAAAUUAACUGAAUCUUCCAAGCCAUCCGAUGUUUCUGCCAGUAGGAAAGUGGUUAUUUCUGCACCAGCUGCUACGAUAACUUCAUCAAGUGUCAAGGCUGUGUCGUCAUUGCCAGAUGCCGUUCAGGCCGCUGCCAAUGCAGCUAUAGCUGCGGAAAAGAAAGAGAAGGAGAAGCUGAAAGAAAUUAGGCUUGCUUCAAAGAGCAGUAUUCUGGCCAACAAGAAGAAAAUGAGUAAUGUGUUAACGUUGUGGAAGCAGAGGAGCCACGAAGGGCAAGCACCACGUGUUGCAAUUGAGGAAAAUCAGCCAUCUGUUUCAGCUGAAGACAGAUCUAAUUCUGUUGCUGGAGUUUCCACAAAGAGUAGGUACAAAAUGGAAUCUGCCAGUAUGAAGGAGAAUGUUGUAACCAGUUCUGGGUUUACUCCAACCACAAUUGCUGCUCAGUCGGUUAGUUUGGAGGCUGAGGUUAGGCCAAGGCCUGUGAGUAACAGCUCAGGGGGUACUUUAAUGGGGGUAAUUAGAGGGUCCGGUAGGGGUGUGGUGAAAUCAGAUACUUCAUUCUCUUCAUCUCCCGCUCCAUACUCUUUAUCUCCCGCUCCUUACACAGCAACAAAUGCAGAUGCACCACCCACAGCAACUGUGACACCCUUUAGAACGGAUGCAUCUGCCUUGGGUUCUCCUUACGUUCCACCUGUAGCAGCUGGAGGUGGCAAGAGGAGGUUUUCUGAGAUGCCAAUUCAGUCAGCUUCUACUACUCAGAAGGAACAACAGGCUCAGACUGCCUAUAGGGAUCGUGCAGCGGAGAGGAGGAGCUUGUAUGGUUCGUCAUCAUCAAUUGGAGACGGCGCAUCUGACAUUGGCCUUGGGGAUACAAGUAAGCUCAGUUUAGAAUUUUGUUUACAGUCUGCUUCUUUUACCUUGAUAGUAUUCUGAGUCAUUGUAGAUCUAUGGUUGUCAAAACGGUAUGAUUUUGUGUGAAAUUGAUACGACUGUUAUCGGUGAAUCUGUUUUGAAAUUGAAUCGGUGAUGAAUCGAAGCAGUUCAUUAGAUUCUAGAAACUAUAGCGCCUAACCAAUUUAGAACCUUUUGUUACGUCUCUUUUUUGGUGAAUAGAAAUUAUAGAAGUUUGUAGAGUGUGCAGUACAAAGUUACUAAUGGUCAUGUGUAAUUCAUUGUCCAAUUGGUGAUUAGAGUAUUUCAUAGAUUCGAGACUACGUUCAUUUUUUUCCCCUUAACUGUUUUCUUACAAAUGUCAAAAUAGAAAUAUGUCACUGCUAUUGGAACUUCAGCUAGCCUUAUUUGUAGCUGUGUGAUAUUUGCAAACAAUUUGCACAAUAUAGUGUAGUCCUUGAGUUUAAGUUACGUGAGCUCAGUGGUCCAUUGUUUGCUUCGCUGUUGUAUUAACUUGUGAGAAAAUCCCGUGUUUUACAUAUUCCUGAACUUUGAAGAUCGAGAUUCGGCAUUCAAAAAGGGUUUAGUCGAUUCAAUGCCUUUUCCCCCUGGUGUUGGGGGAGGACGUGGUUCUGGAGAGGCUAGCACUCCAAGUUAUGAAGUCAUUACAGCAGAGAAAGCCAUUGAUGAGAGCAAUGUGGGAAACCGGAUGCUUCGCAACAUGGGCUGGCAAGAAGGCUUGGUAUCAUUUUGUUCCACUCUUGCACUUUGUUUACAUCCCAAGUCUUUAAAUAUUUGUAGAAGCUAUGGAAAAGCCUCACAGGUGAUGGUAACACUCUUUUCCUAGUGAGUCGAAAGUUUUUGGUCAGGUUUGUUGUAUAAGUUGGCCCAUGUAUAUUGAAUUUUUGUCUAUGCUUUUCUGAAAUACCUGUUCCCUUCAUAAAUCACUCUCCAAAAUUCUAUGAUCCAAACUGUGCCCUAGGGUGUCAGAAUUAGGAAAGCCUUUGGGUACACACUGAACAACUUGCUUUGUAACUAGCUGCAAUAGUUCAUGACAAACACCAAACAUUUUUGUAACAAGCACAGUACUAGGUAACAUUUUCACGCGCAUUAUACAUGCUUAUUCGUAGCUAGUAAGAAUAAUCCCUACGUAACACCAGAAGUCAUAAUUAAAAAGGGCAGACGUUUACUUGCAAACCAUACCACAAAAACGCGUAAGAAUGAGCCACAAUCACAAAAAAGCAUUAUUCCUAUUCGGCAUUGUGCAACCCAUCAUAUCUAGACCAAAGAUAUUCGUGACUAACACCACAAAAGUGCCUUCUGUGAUACACGUGUGUACCAAAGCUUUCUCCUCUAGAAUUGGAAGGUGUAGUGGUAGCCAGUGGGUGUUUUCGUUUAUCGUUUAGAUUGGAUUCUGACAUUAUUUUCUGGUGGUGGUGCUUUUUGGGGGGCGUCUUGUUUCCUCUUUGAUUCAACGUGCAGGGACUAGGCAAGGACGGGAGUGGGAUGAUAGAGCCGGUGCAAGCAAAAGCCGUGGAACACAGGGCAGGACUUGGGAGUCAGCAAAAGAAGGUGGUGGAUCCAGGGUUAGAGGUGCAGGCGGGAGACAGUUAUCGGACUCUUAUUCAGAAGAAGGCCAUUGCCAGGUUCAGAGAGAUGUCAUCAUAGGGCUAUUAGAGGAUUCGGGGGCUAGUUGAGAAUUUAAUCGAAUGUUAGGUGUGGGCUUCAUCGUUGUAUGAAUUACGAGUGGUCAAAUAGAAAAAUGCUUUUAGGUUAUGAAGCUGCUCCCCUUAUAGGCUGCCCAUUUUCUUCGAAUUGUCGUUUACUGAAAUUCCAGUUGUUGCUUUUUCAGUGUAUAUGUGCUUCUUGUAGUUCAAGCAGUUGCAACUCUUGUAGAUCUCUGAGAUGAACUAUAUACUGUGAUCUUUUUUUUUUUUGGGCAAAUAUUUUAAUAAGAAAUCAUUUUGGU